AAUCUGUGUCAUCACCUUGGCAGAAGCCCAUCCUCUUCUUCAAAAUGGAAAAACGAUUACAAGCAUUAACUACCAAAUCAGUGCCAACUGUAGCAGACUCCAGAAUAAGGUCUCCGGGAAGUCAAAAAGGGGAGCUCAGUUUUUAACAGAACUUGCCCCUCUGUGCAGGAUAUCUUCAUCAGAUGGAGAGGAAUACACCAUUUAUAGUUGUAUACGAGGUCGACUGAUUGAAGUGAAUGAAAACAUUCUUAGCAAUCCAGCUAUUCUGCAAGAAAAGCCAUCAACCGAGGGAUACAUUGCAGUGGUUCUACCCAAAUUCGAAGAAAGCAAGAGUAUAACUCAAGGACUUCUGACACAGAAGGAGUACGAGGAAGUUCUGUUGAAACGUCUUAAUUCUUCUUCAUGA